AGUCUGUCAUACAACAGCGCCGACUACGGUCACAAUAUAAAAAUUCGAUUGACUCCGGAGAUCGCUUUCUAGAUACUCGUUCCUCGUUCUCGCGCUGAAGAAGACCUACAAAUGUGUCGAGUUCAUAGACACUGACGCAGCCUUUUCAGCUACGAUUCGUACUCCGGAUGGUGCAUCCAAGGACAACGCCGAAGAUACCAGAAACUGCAAUUUUUCUGUUUCGAAAAGGUUAUUAUGCUCAAGUUCCUUGUAUUUGCAACAUGCACACUUUGCAAUUCAAUCAUUGUUCAAGCACAUCCAGUGGAAUCAAACUCAAUCAACGUGAUAGAAGUAGAAGAGGAAACGGAAAAUGUAUUCCGGGACAACUGGAACUACAAAUUAGAACAGAGCAGAGUCCCUGUUUUAUCAAAUUUCAUCAGAAAUCACACUCUUCCUCCAACCUCCAAUGGCACUUCUCGUCUUCUAUGGGAACUGGACCAAGAAAAAACAACUCAUCUACCCCAAUUCGUUGAUAAAGCUUUGAAAUUGCUCAACUUGAAACAGGUUGCUUUCGAAAUAGAAAAUUCCGUGAUGUCGAGAGUGUCAUGUACUGCAUGCAGGGCUGGUGCUGGUCUUUUACAACAUUACACGAGAGUUGGGAAGUCGGAAAAAGAGAUAAAAAAGACGAUUUACCAGUUUUGCGUCAACUUGAAGAUACAGUCGCCAAGAGUUUGCGAGGGGAUCACUGAACUUUUUGCAGGAGAAGUUAUUUAUGUCUUGAGCAAGGUCAAAAUUGGUCCCGAUGAGAUAUGCAGUUUCGUCAUAGGGGAUGCAUGUGGGGAUGUUUACAACCCUUACCAUGAGUGGGAGGUCAUGUUUCCCCCAGUGCCAAAGCCGACAAUAGUGGAACAAAAAGUACCAGAGGUUAACGCUCCUACCUUCAAAGUACUCCAUCUAUCGGACACCCACUAUGAUCCCUACUACAUGGAAGGUAGCAAUGCCGAUUGUUCGGAACCACUUUGUUGUAGAUUGACCAAUGGACCAGCCAAUUCCAAAGAAACUGCAGCUGGAAAGUGGGGUGACUAUAGAAAAUGUGAUUCACCAAAAAUAACUGUCGACAAUAUGCUACAACAUAUCCAAGAAACGCAUCCAGAUAUAGAUUACAUUCUUUGGACUGGUGACCUGCCACCACAUGAUAUUUGGAAUCAAACCAAAGAGGAAAACUUGAAAAUUCUCAAGGACACCGUGAAACAAAUGUCGGACAUGUUUCCAGGGGCACCGAUCUUUCCAGCUCUUGGUAAUCACGAGUCAGCACCUGUCAACAGUUUUCCACCUCCUUUCGUUGACAAUCCUGACAGCACAAUAUCUUGGCUUUACGACGAGCUAGAUAUCCAGUGGAGAAAAUGGCUGCCAAGUUCCGUGAGCAACACAGUGAGAAGAGGAGCAUUUUACUCUGUGCUGGUUCGACCUGGUUUCAGACUGAUUUCGCUCAAUAUGAACUAUUGCAAUAACAAAAAUUGGUGGCUUUUGUUGAAUAGUACAGAUCCAGCUACGGAACUCCAGUGGUUCAUAUACGAAUUGCAGUCAGCUGAAUUUAAUGGAGAAAAAGUCCAUGUGAUAGGUCACAUACCACCUGGUCAUUCGGACUGCCUAAAAGUGUGGUCGAGAAAUUACUACGCCAUCAUCAGUAGGUACGAGUCUACCAUCACCUCCCAAUUCUUUGGUCACACUCACUAUGACGAGUUCGAGGUAUUCUACGAUCACAAAGAUUUGAGUAGACCUAUAAGUAUAGCGUACGUGGGACCUUCUGUCACUCCUUAUUACGACUUGAAUCCCGGAUAUAGGAUAUACUAUGUGGAUGGUGACCAUGAUAAAUCGACAAGGUCUGUUGUAGAUCAUGAAUCAUGGACGAUGAAUUUGAGAGAAGCGAAUUUGUAUGGCUAUCCCAUAUGGUUCAAAUUAUAUACUGCUAGACAAGCUUUUGGAAUGGAUGCUUUAAGACCCCAGGAUUGGGAUGAUCUCGUUGGGAAAAUGACAAAUGAUCCCAAGCUUUUCGAGUUAUUCUACAAGUAUUAUUAUAAAGCGAGUCCUGUGAGACCGACUUGUGACACAGCUUGUAAAAAAAGGAUUCUAUGUGAUUUGCAUUCUGGCAGAUCACACGACAGAAAAAAUCUAUGUCAGUCGAUAGAAUCGAGGAUAGAUUCUACUUCAAGCACCACAUGGAGGGAAUGGUUGUAUAAUACAAUAUCCGUAUCGAUGUCUGUGCUGAUGUCGAUUCCAAGAUUCACAAUUCAGUUACCUAAAUAUGUUCUUGGGUUAGGUUAGAAUCAAGAUAAGUCUUACGUAUUCUUCGUGCUGUUUAUUGCAUGCUCUCUAUUUGGAAAUUGAUAGAGACAUCUUUCCAUCAUGGAUGAACUACUAAAUUGAUUUAGUGCAUUCAAAAUGAUUCAUGAAUACUCGAAAAUUUUAGUUACUCACCUACCUAGCUGUAUGUAAGUUAUUAAAAUUCUGAUUUCAAUUAAGCAAUACAAAUAAUAUCUGUCAGAUACCUAUUGAUCCAUCAUCAAUACAAAAACAAUAUUUAUUUAGUUGUCUCAGGUUUAGAAGAAAUUUGAUUUCAUAUCAACACAUAUAAUUGCGUAUCUAUACCAUCAAAUAAGUUACAAUACAAAUAGGGAGAUGGGAUUUUAGUAUGAACCCAGUAUAUUGAAAUUUAGAAGUGUUAUGAACAACCAACCUACUUGAACGUUGGUAAGCAGUGUUUCAAUAAAAUUGUGGAAUUUGAAUAGAAGUGUAUUGGUAGGCAACAAAUUUAUUUUUUUAGAUACUACCUACCAUGUCUUUAGGCACAAUCUUAUCAUAGACAAAAAAGGCUGUGUUCUCAAUAUAAUCAAAAUGGCAACAUUAUAGAAAUAGAUUCGAGUACAAGUAGUGAAUAUUUAUUAUUUUUAUAUAAGAUAAAAAACAAAAAAGAUAGGCUAGUGAUGUUGGGUAACAAUAAAUUAUAAUGUUGAUGUGUUGAGCCUCAAUGACACUAUGCAUUUUUUUUCUACAAGAAUCAACAUU